UUUGGGGAACUCUUGCGCCUCGCUGUUGCCCUCGAGGGUUGGGCUGCUCGCGGCAGUUUCUCUCUGUUCGCCUGGAGACUUUGGUCCUAUACCUGCUGAGGAGCAAACUCCUGCCUUUCUCCAUGGUGGUUCAAUGGCCUGACCGAAGCUGUGGUGGAAGAAACACACAAUGCUGGUGACUUCAGCUCUAGCAUUUGUAAUCACCGUGCUUGGUAUAUCUGGAAUCUUGGAAGCAGCCAUAGCUGCUUCUAAAACAGAGAAUGAUCACCGGGGUAAGAAUCAUGGCAGGGAAUCUGAGAUACUGGAAGAACAGUUGGAACCCCUCUUGCCGCCUAUGCAGUGCAACAUCCCUGCAGACAGCCGCUUUGACUGUGCCCCAGAGAAACUUCUCUCUCAAGAUGAAUGUCAAGCUCGGGGAUGUUGUUAUGUCCCAGUUUCUUCCAAAGGCUCUGCUGGUUGGCAGCCAUGGUGCUUCUUUCCUACCAGCUACUCUAGUUACAAGAUGGCAAACGUAACUGCCACCCAGACUGGCUAUACUGCCCACCUGACCCGCAGUUCACCCUCUUUCAUGCCAGAUGACAUCAUGAAUUUGCAGCUGGAUGUGAUUUUUGAGACCGAGGGGAGGCUUCACUUCACACUUAAGGAUCCAGCUAAGAAACGCUAUGAAGUCCCUUUAGAAACUCCCAAGACAACCAGUAAGGAAUCCUCAACUCUCUAUUCUGUGCAGUUCUCUGCUGAUCCCUUUGGCCUCAUUGUUCUUCGGAAGUCCAAUGGGCAAGUGCUGCUUAAUACUACUGUGGCUCCUCUGUUCUAUGCUGACCAGUUCCUUCAGAUCUCCACUGCUUUGCCAUCAUGUUUCAUCUCUGGAUUGGGUGAACAUCUGACCCCUCUUACUCUGAAUGUCAAUUGGACCAAAAUUACCCUGUGGAAUCGGGACAUAUCACCUGCGCCCUCUGCCAACUUAUAUGGUUCACACCCCUUCUAUGUGGCUUUAGAAAAGGGUGGCUUGGCCCAUGGAGUCUUCUUACUGAACAGCAACGCUAUGGAUGUGCUACUACAACCCCACCCAGCAUUGACAUGGAGAACUACUGGGGGUAUCUUGGAUUUCUAUAUUUUCUUGGGCCCAGACCCUAAGAGUGUGGUGCACCAAUACAUGGAUGUUGUUGGCUACCCGUUCAUGCCUCCUUAUUGGGCUCUUGGGUUCCAUCUUUGCCGCUGGGGAUACACGUCCACUGCUGUUACACGGGAGGUGGUGAAAAACAUGACUGCAGCACUUUUUCCUCUCGAUGUGCAGUGGAAUGAUCUGGAUUAUAUGGAUGCUAAGCGAGAUUUUACCUUCAACAAGGAUGGUUUCUGGGACAUGUCAGACAUGGUGAAUGAUUUCCAUCAUGGCGGCCGGAGAUAUGUCAUGAUUGUGGAUCCAGGGAUCAGCAGCUCCAGUCCCCCAGGCAGUUAUAGGCCCUAUGAUGAAGGCCUGAAGCGGGGGGUUUUCAUCAUAAAUGCAACAGGACAACCUUUGAUUGGAAGGGUUUGGCCUGGGCCCACUGCCUUCCCUGAUUUCACCAACCCAGAGACUCACCAGUGGUGGUAUGACAUGGUCAAGGAUUUCCAUGACCAAGUGCCCUUUGACGGCAUGUGGAUAGACAUGAAUGAGCCAUCAAAUUUUGUGGAUGGUUCCUUGGAAGACUGUCCAAACAACAAGCUUGAGAACCCCCCUUAUGUACCAGGUGUGCUGGGUGGAUCUUUGAAGGCAAAAACCCUCUGUGCCUCCAGUAGGCAAUACCUGUCUUCCCACUAUAACUUGCACAGCCUUUAUGGGUUGACUGAGACUAUUGCAACACAUGAUGCUUUGGUGAAAGUGCGAGGGAAGCGUCCAUUUGUGAUCUCACGUUCCACCUUUGCCAGCCAUGGACACUAUGCUGGCCAUUGGACUGGGGAUGUUGCAAGCGUUUGGGAGGAUUUAUACUACAGUAUACCAGCAAUGUUGCUCUUCAAUCUCUAUGGGGUGCCAUUGGUUGGGGCUGACGUCUGUGGAUUUCUGAAAAACACGACAGAAGAGCUGUGUGUGCGCUGGACCCAGCUGGGCGCAUUCUACCCUUUCAUGCGAAACCACAAUGGCCAUGGAAGCAAGGCUCAGGAGCCAUAUGCCUUCAGCCAGGAAGCCCAGCAAGCCAUGAGAAAAGCCUUUUACCUGCGCUACUCCCUGCUGCCCUAUCUUUACACCCUGUUCCACAAGGCCCACUCCACAGGCGAGACAGUAGCCCGUCCCCUUUAUUUUGAAUUCCCACAAGACACUUAUACGUGGAACAUUGAUCGACAGUUCAUGUGGGGAGCUGGGCUCCUCAUUACUCCUGUGUUAGAAGAAGGGAUAAGAAAAGUGACUGGCUACUUUCCUUUAGGGACAUGGUAUGACACCAUAACGGGAUCCGUCAUCCACAGCAAGGGUCAGUGGAUUCUCCUACCAGCUCCACUUGACACAAUCAAUGUCCAUAUCCGUGGAGGUCACAUUCUUCCUUUGCAGGAGCCUGCUCUCACAACCACAGAGUCCCGCUUAAAUGGAAUGACUCUCAUGGUGGCUUUGACCCUGGAAGGGGUAGCCAGAGGGAAUUUGUUCUGGGAUGAUGGUGAAGGGCUGCUGACCUUUGAGAAGGGCGAUUACACGCAGAUCUUCUUUCUGGCAAGCAACGGUGUGCUGGUUAAUGAGCUUGUGCAACUCAGCAGCCACAUAGACGGGCUUCUGCUGGUAGAGGUGCUGGUGUUAGGUGUCUCCAGCCCUCCGCAGCGGGUCCUGGCAAAUGGCACCCCUGUCCUGGACUUUUCUUACCGCACUGAUACCAAGGUCCUUAGUAUCCCACUCUCUUUGCUGAUGGGGGAGGAAUUUGUCAUAACUUGGUCCUGAGAAGAAGAAAAGACAGACGGACAACAAUUUGAAUGAAAGAUAGACAUCUCUGAAAUGAAAAAAUGAAAAAAAAUAUUUCUUUGUGGAACCAGAUGCUUUGCUCUGGUGUUCUAGUGGGAUGAUUAGGUCCUGCAGGGAUCUCCUACGCUCUUAAUCGAAGCUGGAUAUGUGAUAAGAUUUGGAUAGGUUUAGAUGCUACCAGGUUUCAUGACCAGAUUCUCGAAUGCUGUGUUUCUCAAUCUUGGCAACUUUAAUUCUGUGUUUGUCAACCUUGGCACCUUUAAGAGGUGUGGAUUUCAAC